AAUAAUACUUGCCUUGGUGGGUGGGGACAUCUUACUCUAAAGAUUUUUCAGAAAGUAGUAGAAACUCAUGUUUUCAUUGUGUUAUUUUUUUACAGAAAGAAGAGUGGGAAAUUAAAGGCUUCCUAUAAGCGAGAGUGUUUCAGUCUUGGCAGUAAUGUUGAUAUAGAUUUUUCUGGACCAACCAUCUAUGGUUGGGCUGUGUUAGCUUUUGAAGGCUGGCUUGCUGGCUAUCAGAUGAGUUUUGACACAGCCAAAUCCAGACUGUCUCAGAAUAAUUUUGCCCUGGGUUACAAGGCUGUAGACUUCCAGCUGCACACUCACGUGAACGACGGCACUGAAUUUGGAGGGUCUAUCUACCAGAAGGUUAAUGAGAAGAUAGAAACGUCAAUAAACCUUGCUUGGACAGCUGGCAGUAACAACACCCGUUUUGGCAUCGCUGCUAAAUACAAGCUGGAUUGUAGAACUUCUCUGUCUGCUAAAGUAAAUAAUGCCAGCCUGAUCGGACUGGGUUACACUCAGACCCUUCGACCAGGCGUCAAACUGACCCUGUCGGCUUUAAUCGAUGGAAAGAACUUCAAUGCAGGAGGUCACAAGGUUGGCUUGGGCUUUGAAUUAGAAGCUUAAUGUGGUUCUGAGGAAAGCAGAUUUGUCCCUGGAGGUGAAGAGAAAUGAACCCACUAUGUUUUGGCCUUAAAAUUCUGUGAAAUUUCAAAAGUGUGAACUUUUUAUUCUUCCAAAGAAUUGUAAUCUUCCUCACACUGAAGUCUAGAGAUCACAGGUCCAUCCUAAGGGAGGUGCUUGAAGGCAUGCCUGGAAGUUGUCAUGUUUGUGCCACAUUUCAGUUGAAUUCCGCAGUGUUAUUUUAAUGUGUUCCUCAGUGACAACGUAGUGUCACAUUACAAAGGAAACCACCGAUCCUCCUGUUUGUACAUCACACCCUGCAUGUCCCACACCACUUUUUCCUGACCUUUUAAUAAUUGGUCUCUGUGCUGUAGUGGAAUCUUUGGUUUUCAUCAGCGUAAAAUCAAAUAAACCUGUCACAUUUAGAACAUAAUUCCUCUUCUGA